CGGCGGCCGGUGCUGCGGCGGCGGGGCAGGGCGAGGCGGCGGCGGCGGUGGAGGCGGCGGCCACCCCUUACGUGGGGCUGCGGCGGCCGCUGGGCUACAAGCUGGCCAAGGCCACCAAGGAGCGGAUCUGGCGGGGGGAGUUCAUUGACCUCUUUUCCUUGCUCCACACAGAGCUGGCCCCCGAGCACGGCCCGCGGCCGGGGGACACGCUGGACCAGUGGGUCUCGGCCUUCCUGGUGUACGCCAGCGUGCUGUGCGAGAAGCACCCGGCGCGCUGCGGAGCCAUGUUCAAGUACCUGGACACCAUCCGCAAGCUGCACGCCACCUACGGGGGCACCUCCUGGAUGAACUACGACGAGGACUUUCGGCGGCGGGCGGCCAAGGACCCCACCUUGCCCUGGGGGGACGUCGACCUGGACCUCUGGAUGAAGUGGAUGGCGCCCCUCAAGUCCCUGGUCGAGAGGCAGCUGCCGGGUGAGAGCGAGGCGCAGGCCUCGCCUGCCCCGCCGCCCCCAGCGCCACCAGCACCACCACCACCACCCUCCCAGAGCCCCAAGCAGGAGGAGAAAAGCCAGACUCCAUGAAAACAGAAGGCCAGUUGGGAUGGCAGUCAGACUAAGUGGCCUGACUCCGUUGGUGUUUAAGUGGAGCUCUGGUAUUCUAGUGCAUUCUUUUACCUCUGCUUCUGUUGCGUUGCAAGCUGUGCUAGAGAAGACGUAGGAAAUUCAUUUUACCCAAUCAGCAAUUGUAACAAUGGACUACAAACCUGCAGAGCAAGCCAGUUUGCUGGAAAACAGGAAUUCCUGCAGCGCAGCACUUGUCACAGACUAUCCAAAGAGGGCAAAGAUUCAGGAAGGUGAAUAAAUUGAACAUUGGUUGAAUGAGGUCAGGAACAGUCUCCCGGAGGAGAACCCUGCCCUAAAAUACUUCUUUGAAAGUAUAAGCCAAUUUAAUGUGCAGAUUAACCCUUCUCAUUUGAGCAAACUUGUGUGCAAUCCUGGAUCUUUGCAGAUCACAACCGGACACUUCAAAAACCUAUGUACUAUAUUUGUUUUAAAAAAAAAAAUAAUAAAUCAUACCUUGUCUUGUUACAGCUGUUAUUUUUACCAUUUCAUUGAGAAUAUCUGCAACAUAAAUGUAUAUUUGACUUGAAACAGUAUCAUCCACUUGGUAUAAUAACUCAGGUUGUCAACAGAAUUAUUCUGUGAGGCUCAAUACCGCCUCUCCAUUCUUUUCUGAAAAACACAUUAACCUUUGCUGUCAUUGCCAGAAAUCAGUUACAGCCCAAUUGUGCAUUACAAAAUUCUUGAUCAAGUAUAAUAAUUGACCUACAUUAUUAUUCUGUUUUUACCCUUGUAGAAUGCUUAAGAUCGUGAGCAUUAGACUAGACCUUCGUAGUCUGGUGCUCAUGAAAAUAAUAUUCACUGGUUCACGGUUUAAUCAUUCUACAUCUCAGUAUUUUGUUUUCUUUUCCUUUUCCCUUGCAUACUAGGGAGUAUGAUCAAGGUAAUACUAUGAUCCAGUAACGCGCAUGAUGGUAAGGGUAUGCCUUUAGUUGUUUCAGGAAAAAGCUACCAUUAUCUGCUCUCCUUUACCUUUCUUGGUAGUUUCAAUAAUAUGCAUAACAUGAAGUGUUUGUAAAUUGAUAUUAAACUGUUUGUGACUUCACCUAAAUAAAUUUUUAUAUA